AUGCCUCUGCUCUCCAUCUUUCGAAGCUUUGUGAACACGUCGUCUGGAUUGGUUGAUUCCCAAGCUCGCACUGUUUGGGAAUCAGUUACUCGCGAAAGCACGAUUUACGCCAUCUCCGUCCUACGUGAAGCGUUAUUUAACAAGGCUGGAGCCUUGUUUGAACACGUCCAUAGCUCCCACGACAAGAGUUGGGACCACCCCGCGUCUGCCGCGCAAUCCCCUCCAUCAACCGACGCGUUUGCGCGUUCUCCAGCUGCGGAAACAGCAGACGAGCACGGUUCAGACACAACACCCACGCGAGGAGCCGCGGAGGCAGCGACGGCGGAAGGCGAGAGUCAGUCUGUAUGUCAGGUUCUGCGGUGGGGCCAGAAGAAGCGGUUGAGGUACGUUCGCAGUCAAAACCCUACCACCACCAGCCCUCCUUCCCAUCCUUCCGUGCUGGCUGGCGCUCCUGUGUCGAGUAUUGCAGCGAUCUCUGCAGUCCGCGCAGUGUGUAAGGACGAGAAGAAGGGUGCGUGGGAGGAGGAGUGGAGGGAGAGCGGCGAGCGUGCGGGAGAGGAUGCAUGCCGGUUGCGGGUUGCAUGCGGGAGAGGGGCGAAGAAGGGCGGAGAAGCGUGCGAGAUGGAGGGAGCGGAGGAGAAUAAAGCAGCGGUAAACAGGAUGGAGGGAGAAUCGGUGAAGGAAGAGGCUGGACCAGCGGCGGCGGCGGCAGCUGCGGCAGCAGCGUUGCCAACAGCAGCAGAAGCAGCUGCUGUGGUUCCCAAGUUUCUCAUCAGCUUGUCGCGCGUUGAAAAGGAGGAAGAUUUCUGGGCCAUACGAGGAGGGAGGCUUCCUCUGCGCCCGAAGAAGCGAUCAAAAGCAGCGGAGAAAGGUGUCCAGCGUCUUCAACCUGGCGCUUGGCUGACUGGAGUGUGUUGCGAGCGGUAUCAAGUGAGAGAGCGGAAAUCAAAAAAGAAAACCCGUGGUCUUCGUGGGAUGAGCGGGAGAGGAAGCGAUACAGAGUGA